UGUCUGAAAGAGGGUGCAGCACGAGAAAGAGAAAGUAAAGUAACACAGACACAGUGUGAGUUGGUGUGUCGGUAAAUAAAUGCAGCAGCUGCUCCAGGAAAGCUGAAGUGUGUUUGUUAGGUUCAAAUCAACCUGAUAUCUGAAACAUGUCCUGGAUGUGUUGACCUCGAGGUCAAGCUCCUCUUUAUUUACACCGUGUUCUCUCACUUCUCUCAUCCACUGUGAUCGUGUCGGGAUCAGUCGCUGGAGAAGCUUUUGACUCGUUCACUGUUCGUUUGUCUUUAUGACUUUAGCUUCGGUUAUUAGGAGUUCACCAGGUUUCAGGCCUGUUCUUCAGUAACAGAGAUGGAAGAGUGGAGACCCGGUUGUUCGUUCUCACAGAAUGAAAGACAGAUGUCUGUGUUCUUGCUUCUGGUUGUGUGGAUCCUCAUCAUGUGGACUCUCAGCACAGCAGAUGAUGAGGUCUCCUGCGUUUUAGAGGAGAGCUGCAUCUUACCCUGCAGUUUUCAACCUGGUCCAGACCCAAUCAUUUACUGGAUGCAAGUGGAACCAGGACACACUCGUGUCCACACCUACUACAGAGUCAGAGACCUGUUUGUAUACCAGGGCGAGCGCUUCAGAGGCCGGACAUCGCUGUUCACAGAUCAGAUCUCCAGUGGAAACGCCUCGAUCAGGCUGACGGGGCUGCAGCUUCAGGACCAGGGCCGAUACGAGUGUUACACCAGCACCCUCACUGGAGGCAGCAAGGCGUCAUUUAUCAACCUGAGAGCAGAUGCUCCGGUGCGUCACGUGGACAUUGAGCAGGUGGAGGACAGCUUCACCUGCCGCUCAGAGGGGAUCUACCCCGAGCCGCAGCUCACCUGGUCCACCAGGCCUCCGUCCAACUUGACCCUUCAGAACCAAACCACAGUGAAGGAGACGGAGCAGCAGCUCUAUGAGAUCAGCAGCACACUGACACUGUCAGACAGAGACUCUGUUCUGAUCUGCAGCAUCAGCACUCGCCAUGGCAGGAGGAGCGCGGUGUGGUAUCAACCCACUCCCGUCAGUGUGUCACCGUUUAAAACAACAACAACAAUCCACUGCACUGCUCCAAACACCAAACCCCCGACACACUGGGUGUGGAAAUUCAACCACAGGCAGAUCAUUGUGAACCAGACCGGGGUGGACGGCCUCCACAGCGUCUCAGAGCAGUGGAGGCAGCAGGUGGAGGAUGUGUCAGCGUCAGGCAGCCUCAGGCUGCACCACUUAUCUUCAGAUCACCAGGGAACGUUCACCUGUGAACUCAGUAGUGAAGAGGAGACGCACUUCAUCAACAGCUACGUCACGAUAGAGAAAGCUGCAGUAAUUGUGGUCGGAGUCCUCGUUGUGUGUGUAGCAUUAGGAGCUGGAGCAGGAUUCUACUACUUUAGAAGAUGAAAGAUGCUUCAGAUGAAACAUUUAAAGUGGGAGGGAUCUAUGUGGAUCUGAGUGUGAAGAGGACGGUGUGUGUGGACGGAGGCUGAGCUGUGUCCUGAGGAUCCAGAGGCUGAAGCAGCAGCAGCUUGUGUGUAGAGCGGCUCUGACUGGGCCUUGCUGCUGGGAGGCAGAGUGGAGACAGAGCUCCAGAGGAAUCAGGAGGUUGUUGUAAUAUGUAAUUUUACCACUAGAUGGCCCUCCACACCGAUUGGGUUUAUUCGCAUGAAGAAUGUUUUUUAUAUAUAUAUAUUUAUGUAUAUAUUGAAAUUACAGAACACAAGCAGAAUAUAAAAACCUUCUGUAAAGUGUCACAUAUAUGUGUUUAAGUUUUGUUUUAUUUUGUUUCACCUUUGUCCCUCAGUAUAUCUCCAUGUGUGUAGAACCAAAUUAUUUAUUUAUGAUUGUUAGUCUCUGAGGAAACUGUUUGAUAACAUUUUACCAUAUUUAAUACAAAACUGACCUUAGGUCGUUUUAUACAAACGUAGUUGAAGAUUCUUCUUAUGCACGUUCUAGACCACUACCUCAAAACAACCACCAGGGGGAGACAGUAGCAGGCCUCUGAGAACAGCAGCAUGCUGGGAACUAAUUGAUGAUGGGAGGUUCACAGCAGAGACAAGGAACAGAAAGUGUCGGAGGGAUGAUGUCCUGAAGACAGUGGACAUUUUGGGCCUGUUGUGUUGAACAGUUUGUGUUACUUUGUAAAAUCUCUUAAUCUAUACAGUAAAAAUGUUUGAUAUUCAGUAUUUGGGUAGUCAGAGAGGUCCAGAACACAGGCAUACUUCUCUACAUCUUCUCAUCUCAUCAUAUACCAACCCACUGUCCAUUCCUUUACUGGCUAUAGUAGCCCCAUGCACAGACUUUUGCCUUUUACCACUUACAUAUUCUUAUAUAUUUAUAUAUAUGUUGUUGUUAUUAUACUUAUAUUUAUCUGUUUGUACUAUCCACUCCAGCAGCACAAUAACACUUUCAUACUAGACACUGACACAAACACAUCAUUUCAUUCUGUACCAUAGGGUCAGACCCAUUCAUGUACCUGUAUCUGCAAUGUUCUACCUAUGUAUAUGUGUUUUAUGUAUGUAUGUUGGUUAAGUGUAUAAGUGUAUAAGCUACUGGAUGACCUUAAUUUCCCAAGGGGAUUAAUAAAAUAUCCAUCCAUCUAUCUA